CGAACGCAAGGAAUCGUUGAAAGUGACCGUGAUUUGAAAACAACAUUGAGGCCCAGAGCACAGGCGCUGGCACCACCCAGCACCACCCAAUGUCACACUCAAGUGGCAUGGGCGAGUCUCUAAUGCCCUUCCGGUGGAGCAACAGCUCCAACACCCCCGCCGCCGACAAUUUCCCACCAAGCUCCAGCUCAAAGCUUAGCGGGAACCACGCCAUUGUCGGGUGCAAGCAGCCGUCGCGCAGCCCACCUCCAACAAGGCGAGCCAAGAUGCUCCCCGAGCCGACGCUGACCUUCACAAUCCCGAGCCUCCACGACGGCACCGUCCUGAAAUGCCGCGUCUACCACCCGUGGAGCCUCUCGCCAUCGCCCAAGGCCCCGCCCUGGCGACAUGACGCUGCCAUCGUGGCCCAUCCCUACGCGCCCUUGGGCGGCAGCUACGAUGACGGCAUCGUCUCCCUGGUCGCCACGACUCUGCUAAGGGCCGGCUUCCUAGUCGCUACGUUCAACUUUAGAGGCGCUGCUGGAUCCGCAGGGCGCACAUCGUGGACAGCCAGGGCUGAGCGGGGCGACUAUCUCUCAGUCGCUGGCUUCCUGGCACUUUAUGCCCACAUCCUCGACCCUUUCCGCCACGCGGCUAGCCAGCCCGCGACCCCUAUCAGGAGCGGCUUUACCACACCGACCCGCCUCCCUCGCUCACCGUCGGCAAGCUAUCCUCGACCUCACGCCGCGACACGAUCACGAUCCGACGACGACAGCUUCCCACCCCUAUCCGCCGACCCUGCCGCCACGCCCCUCCUCGUGUUCUCGGGCUACUCGUACGGCGCCCUGGUGACGAGCCAGCUCCCACAACUGUCGGGCGUGCUGGCGCCCCUCCUCGCCCCGGAGCACGGCACGCCCGCGGCCGAGAUCCGGCUGCGGGCCGAGCACCUCGCGGUGGCGCAGAACGAGAUCCUGGGGGCCGCGCGCCGGGCCGCGGAGCGCGAGGCCGUCGCGGCGGCGCGCGGCACGCCGUCGACGUCGCCGCGCAAGUCGCUGAACCUGCGCGUGGGCGGCGACGAGGAGAUUGGGCACCACCACCACAGCCGGCGCAAGAGCCACGACUCGCACCGGUCGCUGCGGCGGUCCAUCGACGAUGCCGAGGAGAAGCUGCUGAGGGGGGUGCACGACCUGCUGGCCAAGACGCGCCACGGCUCGCCGCCGCCCCGCCGGAGUGCGAGCCUCCACGGCGUGGCCGGGCAGCGGCAGCUCAAGCUUAGAUCCGUCUCGUCGCCGGACCCCGGAAGGCACGGGGACGUCAGCCCCGUGAUUAGGGAGGCGGCGGAGGAGGACGAGCCGGACGGGGCGGGUAAGGACGCUGUGCACCAGCUGCCCACGCUCCUCCAUCCGCCGUCACCCACUCCGGCGUAUCUUUUGGUAUCACCGCCACUUAGUAUAGCCGGGAACUUGACCUCUCUGUCCUUUUCCUUGCCGUCUCUUCCGAAACGACUGUUGCGGCGCGCUUCGGUGCCGCCGGCUAAUGAUCCCGGAGGUGAUGCUAACGGGCAAGAUCCGCUGCUCAAGGGCCCGCAGAGGGCAGCGACCUCGGCGCUCGGAGUCGCUGCCGACUCGACAUCGCCCGUGGGUGGCAACCUUGCCCUAGACAGCCUGGCAGAGGCGGACCGCAAGAUGGUGGAGAACUCGACACUGGUCGUGUACGGCGACAGUGACGUCUUUGUGUCGAACCGGCGGAUGCGCGGCUGGGCGGCGAGGCUGCAGGGGGUGCCAGGCUCCAGGUUCCGGGCCCAUGAGGUCUCGACGGCUGGACACUUUUGGCAGGAGGGCCCCGCGGACGGGGAGAGCGUGGCACAUGUGCUACACCACGCGGUGCAGACGUUUGCCGACGGUCUGCUGCAGAAACGAACGCAGAGGUGAUGAUGAUACCCGACAUGCGGCCCCAGACUGAGCCAUCAAGGCAGAGCAGAGCCCACAUCUCCGGCCACAGGAGGAACUACGAUGCAGGCUAUGUUUGCCGCAUGUUUCUAUUCCAGCAGAUACAAUCAAUGAUCAC